AUGGCUUUGCUCCUGCAUGUUGUGCUAUGGUGCGUGGCGUGGGGGGAUAUCCAUGCAGCAGUUCGGGAAGACAACCCUGCUUCCAUCCAAGCAGCGCUGGAUGCUGGUGAAGGCCUCGACGCGGUGGGGCCGGGAGGCCAAACCCCCUUGAUGCACGGAGUCCUCACUGGAAACCCCAGGUCUGUGAAGUUUCUGCUGGAGCAAAAAGCCGACACCUCCAUCCCGGAGAAGGACGGAUAUACGCCCAUGCACGGCGCUGGAUUUCAGGGCCGAGCUGAGAUCGCCAAGCUGCUGAUUGCCCAUGGCCUUGACCCCAGUGACAGGCACAAAGAUGGCUUCACUCCGAUCCACCGCGCGUGCUGGGGACGAGAGCAGCGGCACGCAGACACGGUGCGGGUUUUCUUGAAAGCGGGCGUUCCUUUUGACCAAGCCGCUGACAACGGGCCCCGAUCUCAGAGUCUCAGAGCAUGGAGUGAGGCCACAGAAAAGCCAGGAUCGCAGUUACUCAGUUCCCUUUGA